CCCAUCCCAACUGCUCUCGAGCGUCUCGCGAUAACUCAAAGCGCAGCCUCUAUACUUCACCUAGAGGCUAUAGCGCGACUGUUUCAGCUUUGCAGUAAAACCGAGCCCGAGGCUCACAACCGCCAAAAUGGCCAACCAGACUCCCGCCGUUGUCAUGGACAACGGUACGGGUUUUUCAAAACUAGGUUUCGCCGGCAAUGAUUCACCUUCGUUUGUCUUUCCCACGGCUAUCGCGACAAAGUCAGCCGGAGGAGCAUCUGGUGGCACUGGUUCCGGUCGGCCAGCUGUUGCCAACAAGCCUAGCUUCCUCACUGGCGGUGCUGGUCCUGGCGGCCACCUCUCGGGCAAACGAGGCACCGAAGAUCUCGAUUUCUUCAUUGGCGACGAGGCCCUUGCUGCCUCAUCCGGACCCGGUUAUGGACUCCAUUACCCAAUCCGACAUGGACAAAUAGAGAACUGGGACCACAUGGAACGCUUCUGGUCAAACUCCAUCUUCAAGUACCUACGCGUAGAACCUGAGGAUCACUUCUUCUUGCUCACUGAGCCGCCUUUGAACCCUCCAGAGAACCGCGAGAAUACGGCCGAAAUCUUCUUCGAGUCCUUUAACUGCGCAGGACUUUAUAUUGCGGUGCAAGCCGUUUUGGCCCUCGCCGCCUCGUGGACGUCGUCAAAGGUCCACGACCGCUCUCUUACUGGCACUGUCAUCGAUUCAGGAGACGGUGUUACGCACGUCAUCCCCGUUGCAGAGGGUUAUGUCAUCGGCUCUUCGAUCAAGUCGAUCCCCAUCGCUGGACGCGACAUCACCUACUUUGUCCAGUCGCUGCUUCGUGACCGAGGCGAGCCAGACUCGUCCCUCAAAACCGCCCAGGAGAUCAAGGAGGAGUACUGUUACGUGUGCCCUGACAUUGUCAAGGAGUUCACCAAGUUCGACCGUGACCGAAGCCGGUUUGCCCGUCAUGUCGUGAGCCAGCCAGGCGGCAGGGAAGUUUCGGUCGACGUAGGAUACGAGCGUUUCCUCGCCCCCGAGAUAUUCUUCAACCCCGAAAUUUACAGCUCGGAUUUCUUGACGCCGCUGCCAGUGGUUGUGGACGGAGUGAUCCAGUCGUCGCCCAUUGAUGUCCGCAGGGGGCUGUACAAGAACAUUGUUUUGUCGGGUGGUAGCACUCUGUACAAGGACUUUGGUCGCAGAUUACAGCGUGAUAUCAAGCAGCUGGUGGACGCACGGAUUCGUGCAAGCGAGAUGCGCAGCGGUGGUGCCAAGAGUGGUGGACUUGAAGUCCAGGUUAUCACACACAAAAGGCAACGCCACGGACCCUGGUUCGGUGGUAGCUUGCUGGGACAGACGCCCGAAUUCAGGUCGUAUUGCCAUACUAAGGCUGAGUACCAAGAAUAUGGGCCUGGAAUCGUACGAAGGUUUGCUCUGCUGGGCGGCCCAGGAGGAUCGUAAAGGACUGUUAGUCUUUAUUGAGCUUGAAGCUACGAUUGAACAGAAGGUCGGAGAGGGGUUACGAUAUCAGUACGAUGUUAAAAAUCAACAAAGCGGCAGUGAUGUUACUCGAGUCUUUGCUGCAAAAUUGAAACGUAUAUCAGGAACAAACCGAUGGAGAUGGCAUGUUGAAGCUAUGAAAUCAACGGACUUGGAACUUCAGGAGAUACCACUAUCGCUGCAUGGGCGACUAUAUUGGCUCCGGUAUCGGCAUCGUGGACUUUCUGAAGACGUCUAUAUCCAAGAAAAGAUGUGUACAUAAAUCAGUUCUUACCGUGUUGAUUAAAACGGACGCUCGAAACGUC